AUGGGAUUUGGUUUACGAUUGGCGAUAGCUGAAGAUGUAAGCUAUCAAGCUUGUGUAGAUAAAUACUCAAGAAAGGGUUACCAGCCUUGGCAGGAAUGGUCGGAUCACUAUACAUGCCAUCGAUAUAGAUGCGAGAUACGGGAUGGAAAAUAUUUCAUUGCUGCUGUGGGUUGCAGGAAGCCAAAAAUACCGGAAAAUGCGCUGGAGUGUCAUGAGUAUAUUGAAGAUGAAAAUGUUGAAUUUCCAACAUGCUGUGCGCGUUUAAGAUGCGUGGUGGAAGUCAAUGGUGAGAGAAUAGUUCAAACCAGAGGACAGCCCGGCGAACUCUUCCCUGAUAAACCAUGGAAAGGUCAGCAAAACGAGCCAAAUCCAGCUGUAGUUGGAAUGGGGCCGAUUCAACAGAACACUGUUGGUGGUGAACCGCAGAGUCAACCCUCUCCUGGGAUUUUCAACAGCAGAGGCGCAGCGGAUGGCAGCGAUAUUAGCGGAAGACGUUAUGUGGACCCCUAUCCCUCUCAACAGAUGCAAGACUCCCCUAGGAAGAAGAGAUCCACCACAUAUCCUCUAUUUGACAGAGGGCUCCUACGCGAACGCGCGUACACACCACAUCAAGUUAAAAUACAUGGCUAUUCGCCAGAAAAAUAUACUUCAUAUUUCGCAAAUAAUGUGAAAGCAAUAACUAACCCCAAAUUACACUUCAAUAUGUCCUAAAUUUAUCGUGUUUUCCUUAAUGUUUGUUUGUAUCAAUGCAAUUUAUCCAUUGUUUAUUAUGCUCUGUU